AAAGAAAAAAAGAAAAAAUUGUAGCACCAAUGGCUGUCCUUUUUCCUUGAGAUGAGCCGCAGAAAUUUUAAUGCAUAUUUAAAUAUCCUUCUUCACUGCGACCCCUCUGGUUCUCUUCUCCCCACAUUCCCACUCUUUCUCUGUUUCUCCAUUUUCCCCCGACGACUUCUCUCUUACUGAAAGUCCUCAUAUGAACUGACUUCACAAGCUAACAGAGGGUCUGAGUGCAGAGCAACGGCCAUGGCAUCUGUGGUUCAGUCUCACUUCAUACUCUCCUCUAGGCACCCACGCCAUGCUUCCUUCUCCAACCUCUUCAGAACUACUUUCGGUUCCCCUCUUUUACAGAAUGAAAGGUUUGGGCAGGUCAGGCCUACUCCUAGAAUGGGCAACAUAAGGUGUACCAUGCUGGGCAAUGGCUUGUUCACUCAGACCACACCUGAGGUGAGGAGAAUUCUACCAGAGAGGAACAACAAUGGACUUCCCAGAGUGAAGGUCGUCUAUGUGGUGCUUGAGGCCCAGUACCAAUCCGCACUCACUGCUGCAGUCAGGAACCUAAACAGCAAGGACAGAGAUGCGGCGUUUGAAGUCGUUGGGUAUCUGGUGGAGGAACUCAGGAGCGAGUCUACGUACCAGACCUUCUGCAAGGAUCUCUCUGACGCUAACAUCUUCAUCGGAUCGCUCAUCUUCGUCGAGGAGCUCGCUCAAAAGGUGAAGGCGGCGGUGGAGAAGGAGAGGGACAGGCUUGAUGCUGUUCUGGUCUUCCCUUCUAUGCCUGAAGUCAUGAGGCUGAACAAACUGGGGUCUUUUAGUAUGUCCCAGCUCGGCCAAUCCAAGAGCCCCUUCUUUCAGCUGUUUAAGAAGAAGAAGCAGUCCGCCGGGUUCGCCGAUAGCAUGCUGAAAUUGGUCCGGACGCUGCCCAAGGUGCUCAAGUAUCUGCCAAGUGACAAAGCUCGUGAUGCAAGGCUCUAUAUACUGAGCCUGCAAUUCUGGCUUGGUGGGUCGCCGGAUAAUCUUGAGAAUUUCCUCAAGAUGAUCUCCGGUUCCUAUGUUCCGGCACUGAAGGAUGUGAAAAUGGACUAUUCGGAACCAGUGGUCUUCCUAGAUAGCGGAAUUUGGCACCCAAUGGCACCCUGUAUGUACUCUGACGUAAAGGAGUAUCUGAACUGGUAUGGAACAAGGAAGGAUGCCGUGAACAUGAAGAUCAAGGACCCGAAUACGCCGGUGAUAGGCCUGAUACUGCAGAGAAGCCACAUUGUGACAGGAGAUGAGAGUCACUAUGUUGCAGUGAUCAUGGAAUUGGAAGCUAGGGGAGCGAAGGUGAUACCAAUCUUUGCAGGGGGAUUGGACUUCUCAGCCCCAGCAGAGAAAUUUUUAGUGGAUCCCAUCACAAAGAAGCCAUUUGUUCAUGCAGUUGUUUCGCUCACUGGUUUUGCACUUGUCGGUGGCCCUGCCCGGCAGGAUCACCCCAAGGCCAUUGAGGCACUGAGGAAAUUGGAUGUCCCCUACAUUGUUGCGCUCCCCUUGGUUUUUCAGACAACAGAGGAAUGGCUUGCGAGCACUUUGGGGCUGCACCCAAUUCAAGUGGCUCUUCAAGUUGCGCUUCCUGAACUCGAUGGUGGACUGGAACCAAUUGUUUUCUCUGGUCGUGAUGGCAGAACAGGCAAGUCCCAUGCUCUUCACAAGAGGGUGGAGCAGCUCUGCACUAGAGCCAUUAGAUGGGCAGAACUGAAAAGAAAAUCAAAGGAGGAAAAGAAGAUCGCCAUCACUGUGUUCAGCUUUCCUCCAGACAAAGGAAAUGUAGGGACAGCGGCAUAUCUCAAUGUGUUUUCUUCCAUCUUUAGUGUUCUCAAAGACUUGAAGAAAGAUGGUUACCAUGUUGAUGGCUUGCCAGAAACAGCAGAAGCUCUCGUUGAGGAUGUAAUUCAUGACAAAGAAGCAAAAUUUAGUAGUCCAAACCUCAACAUUGCUUACAAGAUGAACAUUAGGGAGUACCAGCAGCUGACUCCUUAUGCAAAAGCCCUGGAGGACAGCUGGGGAAAACCACCAGGGAACCUCAACUCUGAUGGGGAAAACCUGCUAGUCUAUGGAAAACAGUAUGGCAAUGUGUUUAUUGGUGUCCAACCCACUUUUGGCUACGAAGGUGACCCCAUGCGCCUUCUCUUUUCAAAAUCAGCAAGCCCACAUCAUGGAUUUGCUGCCUAUUAUUCAUUUGUCGAAAAGAUUUUCAAGGCUGAUGCAGUUCUGCACUUUGGAACACAUGGUUCACUUGAAUUUAUGCCUGGAAAGCAAGUGGGGAUGAGUGAUGUCUGCUACCCUGACAGUCUGAUUGGUAACAUCCCAAACAUAUACUAUUAUGCUGCAAACAAUCCAUCUGAAGCCACCAUUGCCAAGAGACGUAGCUAUGCCAACACCAUUAGUUACCUCACCCCACCAGCAGAAAAUGCUGGGCUGUACAAGGGUCUGAAGCAGUUAAGUGAACUUAUCUCCUCGUACCAGAGCCUCAAGGACACCGGUCGUGGCGAGCAGAUUAUAAACAGCAUUAUUAGCACUGCCAAGCAGUGCAAUCUUGACAAGGAUGUGAGCCUGCCUGACGAAGGUACUCAGCUGUCAUCUGAUGAGAGAGAUCUUGUGGUUGGCAACAUUUACCGCAAGAUUAUGGAGAUUGAGUCUAGGCUGUUACCCUGUGGUUUGCACGUUAUUGGAGAGCCACCUUCUGCCAUGGAAGCUGUUGCAACACUUGUUAACAUUGCCUCCCUGGACAGAGCGGAAGAAGGAAUACGGUCUUUACCCUCAAUACUAGCCGAGUCAAUCAACAGAGACAUCCAGGACAUUUACAGAGGAAAUGACAAGGGAAUUCUGGAUGAUGUUGAGCUCCUUCGCCAGAUUACAGAAGCUUCUCGAGGAGCUAUAUCUGCCUUUGUUGACCGGACCACAAACAAGCGUGGCCAGGUUGUCGAUGUUGCAGAAAAACUUGGAACAAUGUUUGGUUUUGGUUUGAUGGAGCCAUGGGUCCAGUAUCUUUACAAAACCAGGUUUCUAAAUGCUGAUAAAGAACAACUGAGGACACUAUUCACAUACUUGGGAGAGUGUCUGAGGCUGGUUGUGGCUGAUAAUGAGCUUGGAAGUCUUAAACAAGCACUUGAAGGCAGCUAUGUUGAGCCUGGACCAGGUGGUGACCCCAUAAGGAAUCCUAAGGUCUUGCCUACUGGGAAGAACAUCCAUGCUCUUGACCCACAGGCAAUUCCAACUGCUGCAGCUCUGGAGAGUGCUAAGAUUGUGGUUGAUCGUCUGCUCGAGAGGCAGAAGGCUGACAAUGGUGGCAAGUACCCCGAAACAGUUGCACUGGUUUUGUGGGGAACAGAUAACAUAAAAACUUAUGGUGAAUCACUAGCUCAAGUGAUGUGGAUGGUUGGUGUAAGACCUGUUGCAGACACUUUUGGCAGGGUGAACAAGGUUGAACCUGUAAGCCUUGAAGAGCUUGGUCGCCCCAGGAUUGAUGUCGUAGUCAACUGCUCUGGAGUUUUCAGGGACCUGUUCAUUAAUCAGAUGAAUCUUUUGGACCGUGCUGUGAAGUUGGUAGCUGAGCUUGAUGAACCAGAGGAUAUGAACUAUGUAAGGAAACAUGCAGCUGAGCAGGCAAAAGAACUUGGUGUCAGCAUUCGUGAGGCUGCCACACGGGUCUUCUCCAACGCUUCUGGUUCAUACUCCUCAAAUGUCAAUCUUGCAGUAGAAAACUCAUCAUGGAAUGAUGAGAAGCAGCUUCAAGACAUGUACUUGAGCCGUAAGUCCUUUGCUUUCGACUCGGAUGCGCCUGGGAUCGGCAUGAUGGAGAAGCGCAAGGUGUUCGAAAUGGCACUCAGCACUGCAGAAGCCACAUUUCAAAACCUGGAUUCAUCUGAGAUCUCGCUCACAGAUGUCAGCCAUUACUUCGACUCAGACCCCACUAACCUGGUGCAGAACUUGCGCAAGGACGGCAAGAAACCAAAUGCCUACAUCGCUGAUACCACUACUGCAAAUGCACAGGUCAGAACAUUGGCCGAGACAGUGAGGUUGGAUGCGAGGACCAAGCUUCUGAAUCCAAAAUGGUAUGAAGGAAUGUUAGCAAGUGGGUACGAAGGAGUCAGGGAGAUAGAGAAGCGGUUGACUAACACAGUGGGCUGGAGCGCCACAUCUGGUCAGGUGGACAACUGGGUCUACGAAGAAGCCAACUCCACAUUCAUUGAGGAUGAGGAGAUGCUCAAGAGGCUCAUGAACACUAACCCGAACUCCUUCCGGAAAUUGGUGCAGACCUUCUUGGAGGCCAAUGGGCGUGGGUACUGGCAGACCUCAGAGGAGAACCUUGAGAGGCUGAGGCAGCUCUACUCGGACGUUGAAGACAGGAUCGAAGGGAUCGAUCGAUAAAAAGCCGCAAUCUAAGAUGUUCUCAGUCUCUGUAUCUCAUUCUGUCCAUUGCCGCUACAGCAAAACUGUAUCAAGCCUGUGAAUUGCACCUGUGAGUGUCUGAAUGUAAAACAAGUCGCAUUUUUUCUUUUCAAUAAAUUGGAAUUAGGAAGCACUUGAAGAAGAUGUCGUCAUGAGUAUACAUGCAGAAGUCUAGUAAUAAUGAGCAUGAAAUUUGUUCUGUUUUUCCUGCUAUUAACAAGUUUGGAACUUGGUGGGACACCGAGUUUGUUAAA